AUGGAUAUAUUGUUAACAGCUGUCAAGGAUGAAAAGAGAAAGCGCGGUCCAGCCAGCAGGGGGCGCGGGAGCUCGCCCGGCCCCGCCCCGCCUUCACCCGCCCCUACCUCCGCUUCCGAAGAGCUGAGGGUCGGUGAUUUCCGGGAGCGCCGCGUGGAGCGCUUGUGUUUGGGAGCUUUCAGCCUGGCGGGUCUAGUUGUCCCGGCGGGGCCGCUCCUGUCGCUGAAUCCGCAGGAAGAUACCAAGUUUCAGAAGGAGGUCGCGCACGUUCGCCCGCGCAUUACCAAGCAACGAGAACAAGGAAAACUUACUCCUGGAGUAAUCUACGUGGGCCACCUACCUAGCGCACUUUAUGAAACCCAGAUCAAAGCAUAUUUCUCUCAGUUUGGCACUAUUACAAGAUUUAGACUGUCCAGAAGUAAAAGGACUGGAAACAGCAGAGGCUAUGCCUUUAUAGAGUUUGAAUCUGACGAUGUCGCCAAGAUCGUUGCUGAAACCAUGAACAACUACCUGUUUGGUAACAGACUCCUGAAGUGUCAUUUUGUACCACCCGAAAAAGUACAUAAAGAACUUUUCAGAAACUGGAAUACUCCAUUUCAGCAGCCAUCAUACCCAGCAGUGAAACGAUAUAAUAAAGAUCGGACACCUCUACAAAAGCAACGGAUGGAGAAGCGUUUUAAGAGGAAAGAAAAAUUACUCAGGAGUAGAUUAGCUAAAAAAGGAAUUGACUAUAAUUUUCCUUCCUUGAUUAUACAGAAAAAGGGGAAAAAGCUUUUAGACACUGAUCUUCAGAAAUCUACAAAAAGCCAGGUUUUACCUAAGAAGAAGAAAAAGGUUUCAAGCACCCCUAACACUCCUGAGAAGACUGUGGAUAGCCAGGGCCCCACACCAGUUUGUACACCAACAUUUUUGGAGAAACGAAAAUCUGAAGUGGCUGAAAUGAAUGAUGAUGAUAAAGAUAAUGAAAUUGUUUUCAAACAGCCUGUAUCCAGUGUAAAGGAAGAAACACAAGAGACUCAAAUACCUAAACGGGGGAAAAAAGACAAAGAAAAAGCAAUCAGUGAUUCCAAAUGUAUUAUGUACAUUUCUUCUAAAAAAUGUGAUUUUGUUAUCAUAGCUGAUUUUUAAUAUGUACCAUGAGAUGUAACCGUUGACAAGAUUUUCAGAGGAAAAUUGCACUGUUCAAGUCAGUAAGGAAAGCAGUCCAGAAUUUUGGCCGGUCUAUCCUUGCUGAAACAGGGGGGGCAUAUAGCAGCUGGCAGUGACUGGAUUCUCAACACUGCCUCUCUGUCCUCAUCUCUUCCAGUUUUCUUUUCAGAUUUUAUGUCUUCUUACUCUGCAAAAAGAAGGGUCACCAUUAAUUGCAGGUAUAAGUACUGAAUUGAAGCAUUUUUUUGGCACCACAAAUAAAGAUCACCAGUCUUGCUUAACCAUC